CGCGCGGUGUGUCUGCCCUGGCUGAAAAGGCUAGGAACCCCGGACCGGGUCGGGUUUUCACCCGGCUCUCGGGAAGCGAGCGAGGACAGGCAGGUAAAAAGGAAGGGUCCUUCCCCCACGCCUUUGGGAGGACGCGCGGCCCCUGUGUUGGGCCGGGUGUCCUCGCGCGGAGGUGUUGCUGGUGCUGCGCUCUCGCCGAAGCCUCACCCCUGCCCUGCGUCCUAGUCGUCCCGGACGGAGGCUGUGUCUUAGACUUGCACGAAUUUCCCCCCGGGAGCCAGGCUUGGAGAGCUACAGGCAGCACGAGGUCAUCCGGCUCGUUGGGGCUGUGCGGUUUCGGCUGAGCCCGCAGGGCACGCCUGGUUCUCUGGCUUCUGGACCAGGUACUGCUCAUGGCGGCGGCGGCGCUAGUGGACCGAGUUCAGGGUUGUGUGACCUUCGAGGAUGUGUUCGUGUAUUUCUCCCAGGAGGAGUGGGAACUCCUUGAGGAGGCUCAGAGAUUCCUGUACCGUGAUGUGAUGCUGGAGAACUUUGCACUUGUGGCCACUCUAGGUUGUUGGUGUGAUGCAUACAGUGAGGAGGCGCCUUCUGAGCAGAGUAUUUCUAUAGAAGUAUCACAGGUCAGGACUCCUGAAUCAAGUCCGUUCAUGCAGAAAGCCCCAUGUGAGAUGUGUGACCCACUCUUGAAAGACACUUUGCACCUGGCUGAACACCAGGGAUCACACCUUACCCAGAAACUUUGCACAUGUGAGAGAGGAUUCUCAUUUGGUACAAAAUUUUACCAGCAUGACAAGCAAUGUAGUAGAGAAAGUAGCCUCCAAGAGGAUAAUGGAGAGUCAUCAUUUGUGAAGAACUAUACAGUCCACAUGUUUGGGAGAUCCUUUACAAGCAGGGAGGAAGGGGUAGAUUUGCCAGGCAGCUCUGGCCUCUUGCAGCACCAGACCACUGACAAUAGGGUGAGUCCUUGUGAAAGGACGGAGUGCCUAGAGUCUUUCCCACAGGAUUCCAGUCUCGGGCAAUACCAGAAAGGCUGUGAUGGACAGAUGCUUUUUAAUUGUAGUGAUAAUGAGAAAGCCUUCUUGAACACCUUUACUCUCCUUGACAACCAGAUAACUCAUACUGUGGUAAAACCCUUCCCAUGCCUACCACGUGGAAAUAUGUUCAAGGAAAAACCAACUCUUAAUAAUCACAGAAAAAUUCAUAGUGGAGAAGUAUCUCAGGUGUGUAAGGAGUGUGGAAAGGUCUUUGUUCAUCUGUCCCACCUAAAAAUGCACCAGAAAUUUCACACUGGAAAAAGAUAUUAUACAUGCAGUGAAUGCGGGAAGACCUUCAGCCGCAAAGACACACUUGUUCAGCAUCAGAGAGUUCACACUGGAGAAAGGUCUUACGACUGCAGUGAAUGCGGAAAAGCCUAUAGCAGAAGCUCCCACCUUAUUCAGCACCAGAGAAUUCACACUGGAGAAAGGCCUUAUAAGUGCAGUGAAUGUGGGAAAGCCUUCAGCCGUAAAGACACACUUGUUCAACACCAGAGAUUUCAUACUGGAGAAAGGCCUUAUGAGUGCAGUGAAUGUGGGAAAUUCUUUAGCCAAAGCUCUCAUCUUAUUGAGCACUGGAGAAUUCACACUGGGGCAAGACCUUAUGAGUGCAUUGAAUGUGGGAAAUUCUUUAGCCAUAAUUCCAGCCUCAUUAAACACAGGAGAGUCCACACAGGAGCAAGAUCUUACGUGUGCAGUAAAUGUGGGAAAGCCUUCAGCUGCAAAGACACACUUGUUCAGCACCAGAUAAUUCACACUGGGGGCCGUGUAGUCUUUGAGGAUGUGGCCAUAUAUUUCUCCCAGGAGGAGUGGGGGCAUCUUGAUGAGGCUCAGAGGUCACUGUACCGAGAUGUGAUGCUGGAGAACAUGGCACUUCUGUCCUCACUAGGUUGUUGCCAUAGAGCUGGGGAUGAGGAGGUGCUUUUUGAGCAAGGUAUUUCUGUAGGAGCAUCACAUGUCAUGACUCCGAAGCCUUUUCUGUCCACCCAGAAGACCCAAACCUGUGAGACAUGCAACUCAGUUCUGAAAGACAUACUGCACCUGGUUGGUCAUGAUGGAACACAUCCUGAGCAGCGGCUAGAAGCAUGUAUGGCAACUCUUUACCAGCACCAAAAGCAGACUCUUAGAGAAACACCCUCCAGAGACAGUAGGAGCCUUUCGUUUAUGAAGAACUGCAGAGUUCACAAGGCAGAGAGGACCUUCCCAUGCAGUGAAUGUGGAAAAGCCUUCACCCACAAACAGAAACUUGCUGACCAUGAGAAAAUUCACACUGAAGAAAGACCUUAUAAAUGCAGCAAAUGUGGGAUAUUGUUUAUGGAAAAGUUCACACUCAAUAGACAUCAGAGAAUUCACACUGGAGAAAGGCCUUAUGAGUGUAUUGAAUGUGGGAAGGCCUUCCUUUGUAAGUCCCACCUUGUUCGUCACCAGACAAUCCAUUCAGGAAAAAGGCCUUAUGAAUGCAAUGAAUGUGGAAAAUUGUUUAUGUGGAGUUCCACACUAAUUACACAUCAGAGAGUUCACACUGGAAAAAGGCCUUAUGGUUGUAACAAAUGUGGGAAAUUCUUUAAGUGUAACUCCAACCUCUUUAGGCAUUAUAGAAUUCAUACAGGGAAAAGGUCUUAUGGUUGCAGUGAAUGUGGGAAAUUCUUUAUGGAAAGGUCUACACUCAAUAGACAUCAGAGAGUUCAUACUGGAGAAAAACCUUACAAGUGCAGUGAAUGUGGUAAAUUCUUUAGUCUGAAAUCUGUCCUCAUUCAACACCAAAGAAUUCACACUGGAGAAAGGCCUUAUGAAUGUAGUAAAUGUGGGAAGGCCUUUCUUACAAAGUCCCACCUCAUUUGUCAUCAGACAAUUCACACUGCAGCAAAGCAAUGCAGCAAAUGUGGGAAAUUGUUUAGGUAUAACUCCACACUCAGCAGACAUCAGAAAGUUCACACUGGAUAAAGCCCUUAAAAUGCAGCAAAUGUGGAAAAAAGCCUUUAACUGCUAAGAUGUUCUGGUUGGUUGUUAGGUAGCCCACACUGGAGAAGAUUGUAUGAGUGUUCUGACCAUACAAUUAUUUAGGCACAGUUCCCCAUUCACUAUACAUGAGAGAAUUAACAUUGCAGAAAUAUCUUACGUGUUCAACACGUUUAGGAAGUAAUUUUGAUUCAACUCUGGUUUUAUUAAAUAUUGGAGAAUUUAUACUGAAGAAAAGUCUUUUCAGUGAAGUGAAUGUGGUAAAGCCUCAACUUGCAAAAUUAUACUCAGUGGAGUGUAGAAUAUGUACUCUAAUGAAAGUCUUACUAGUGAAGAAAAUGUGAGACAGUCUUUUGACACAACUCCCACACUCAUGAGAGACCAUGUAGUUCAUACUGGAGAGAGGUCUUAUGAAUGCCUUGGAUGUGGGAGAGUUGUUUUUUGUUUUUGUUUUUUUUUCAAUACAGGAUCUCUAUUGCUCAGGGUGGAAUGCAGAAGCAUCAUCAUAAUUCACUGUAACCCACUCAAACUGUGAGCUCAAGUAAUCCUCCUGUCUCAGCUCCUGAGUAGCUGGGACUACAGGGAUAGGCCACAAAACCUAGGUAAUUUUUAAAAUGGUGAGAUAGUAUCUCACUCUGUUGUCUGGCUGAUCUCAAACUCCUGGCCUCAAAUGAUCCUCCCACCUUGGCGCCCAAAAGUGCUGGGGUUGGGUGGUGCCUGUGGCUCAGUGAGUAGGGCGCCGGCCCCAUAUACCGAGGGUGGUGGGUUCAAACCCAGCCCUGGCUGAACUGCAACCAAAAAAUAGCCAGGCAUUGUGGCGGGCGCCUGUAGUCCCAGCUGCUUGGGAGGCUGAGGCAAAAGAAUGGCGAAAGCCCAAGAGCUAGAGGUUGCUGUGAGUCCUGUGACAUCAUGGCAGUCUAAUGAGGGCGGUAAAGUGAGACUGUCUCUACAAAAAAAAUAAAUAAAGUGCUGGGGUUACAGAUGUGAGCCACCGCAAUUGCCCAGGAGGAUGUGGGAGCUUUUCUAGCCAAAAUUCCCAUCUCUUUUGGUACCAUCAAGUUCACACUAGACAAAGUACUUAGAGCAGCAAAUGGAGAAAGAAGGAAGCCUAAAAUCUCUGAUUAAGCACUGAUAACUACUAUUAUAUAAUUUGGAGGGGGGGUUAGUAGUGGUAAAGUACAUGUCAUAUAAGAUUUACUGUCAUAACCAUUUUAAUGUUGUGUUUAGUACUUGAUGUACAUUCACGCUGUUGUGCAGGGAAUAUCCUGAACUCUUUUAAAGUGACCUAUAACUAUUAAGUAAUAAGUCAUUCCUAUAUUCCUUCCACCCCUGGUGCCCUAUUCUUUUAAUCUACGAAUCUGACUCCUUGGUACUUCAUGUAAGAAGAACCUUAGAGUAUUUUUCCCCCUUUUGUCAUUUGUUUUCAUGUAGGAUAAUAUCCUUGAGAUUCAUUAUUAUUUUUUCUUUUUUCCUUUUUUCUGUCUCACUUAUGUAUAAUCAUUGAUUUUAUAGCAUGUGUUAGAACUUCCUUUUUAAGGCUGAGUAAUAUUUCAUUGUAUUUACAAUUCCUUUAUUCCUUCAUCCAUCCAUGGACACUUGGAUUGCUUCCAUCUUUUGGCUAUCAUGGAUAUUGCUGCUACAAACAUCAGUGUACAAUUAGAUCUUUGAGACCCUACUUUCUAUUUGUAAUUCUUUGAGAAACUGUUUUCCAUAGCGCCUACACCGUUUCACAUUCCACACAGUGCACAGGAGUCAUGAUUUCUCCUUCAUCCUAGCCCAUAGGAAGUUCCUAGGUGAUUUUGUCAGUGCAGAUGCAGGGGCUACAUAUUGAGAACUACCUGUCUUACUCUAUUUUUAUGGCAGUGUACAAACUCUGUAAAUACUCCUCAUUUUAGUUUUUGUGUUAUAUCUCGUGAACCUUUGCAAAUUAUUGAUUAAUUUCUCUCAGUGUUUACAAGAAAUGAUUUGUCAUCUUGGAUAUAAAACAAAUAGAAAUCU